GAGGGCAACGUACAACGAAGAGCGAAGUGUAAGGAACUGAAUGCAUUAUUUCAAGCAAAUAAUCUCUCAGGAAGUAGCAUUUGGGUUCACAUGACAGCCAGCGACAAGGUGCAGACCCUUGUGAUCGAGAAGUGGAAACUCCCCACUAAGGACAGGAUAAUACUGGAGCAUCUGGUCCUCUCGCAGGAAUGCCACUGGGAGCCCGAUGCCGUGGCAGUGGCCAAAUACAGGGAAGAAUUAAGGCAAUGCUGCAAUGCUUCAUUUUGGCUUGUAGCAACCAAAGAAAACACACCUCUAGGGUCACACAUCGUUUUAGAUGGAGACAAAGGACAGAAGCUGUCCGUGAAAUCUGACAUGUGGAACCUGCUACCAGAGAGAUCACCCUUUUCGGACUUUCAGUACAAAUAUUGCGCUGUGGUGGGCAAUGGUGGGAUCCUGCAGGACAGUCAUUGCGGGCAGGAGAUUGAUCAGGCUGAUUUAGUUGUCAGGUUCAACUUGCCUCCCAUGAAUUACUCCGACGAUGUGGGAACCAAGACAAACCUGGUGACGGUCAACCCCAGCAUCCUUACGACUAAGUUCAAGAACCUGCUGGCCCGUCGGAAGCCUUUCGUGGAUGCUCUGCGUCCCUAUGGAGAUGCUCUCUUCCUCAUCCCCUCCUUCUCCUUUGUAGGGCACAGCGAUCUUGGCUACCGGGCUCUCUACACCAUGGAGGACUUUGGCCUGAUGCAUCGGGCCCUCUUUGUGAAUCCACAAUACCUGGGCCGCCUGAGUAAAUAUUGGAAAAAGGGAGACUUCCAGCCCCGUCGCCUUUCCUCUGGCUUCAUGUUUGUCAACAUGGCUUUGGAGUUCUGCCAGCGCAUCACGCUCUACGGUUUCUGGCCUUUCCCGCAUGGCCUGGAGGACCAAGCCAUCCCUCACCACUACUACGACAACAUGUUGCCGAAGCCUGGGGUACACGCCAUGCCCGCAGAGUUCUCCAAGUAUCUUGGCAUGUACGCGCAAGGUGUGUUGCACAUACGACUUGGCAAGUGUGAGAGAUGCGUUUCUACGGGGAAAAAAGGAGGUGAGGAAAAUGUUACAGCACCCAUCAGACCCUGAAAGUGACAUUGACACAGUUUGGAGACAGAAUGGACAGGUACUUCGAAGGUCAUUUGAGGAGUGUUGUUUUUGUGAAGCACGAGUUUGGAACGUCUGGCCCUCAGGCUGAAAGCAGCCUGUUGGUUUUAUUUAUUUACUUAUCUAUUUGGGUCUUAUACUGCCCAUGUAGACAAAUCUAUGUUCCACAUAUCACACUCCCACUUGUGCUUUUUUUAUUCAUGGCUUGUAAGGAAGUAAAGGAUUUGGAAGUUUAAAACUGGAUUUUUAUGUGGAUUUGUGUCGAUG